GGGAACAAAGUGCAAAGUUUGUCCUAAAGAAUUUGAGACGGAGACCAGCAUGAGGAAACAUUAUGUGGCUGUUCACCAGAGCAAAGUGAAACUUCUGUCCAAGAUUCGGAAUGCAAGACGACGCCCAAAUUUAUACACAUGUCCUAGAUGUGGAGAAUGGUUCCCCGACUUUGUAAAUCUGCGUCGGCAUGCCACAGUGGCCCACAAGAUUGAUGACCAUCACGUGAAGAACACUGCGUCAGAGAAGUUCAAAUGUCGAAUUUGUGACAGGGCAUACUCCAGCUUAGGAAAUGUGACCCGCCACAUGAAAGACAUCCACAAGGUCAGCAACGUCAAGGGCUUGCCAAAACCAGGGGCCAUGGGGACCCCAGGAAGUAAGGCACAGACCCCAAUGACUUCACCUAAAGGGAGCACGCCGGCCAAUGAAUGCCCCCUCUGUGUGAAAUUCAUCGUGAGGACGCGUGAACUCCGGCGACAUCUCCAUGUGUCACAUGGUCUACGACUAGGGGCCUGGGACAGUCAGAACCUUAAGGCCCAGAUUUUGCUUUUGCGGACAUACAUUUGGAAGCAGCUGCAGACAACAUUUGGUCCCAAGCCCUGCUUGACUUGCAUCCGUAGCCGCUUGUUAUUAAGGGCAAUCAACAGGCAUUGUGGCAGACCUCAUUCGGCCAAAACCCUGAUCCCAAAAACUUGCCAUGUCAAGAACUCUGGAAUGUCGCCGAAGAUUACUAAGUUACCCAGUUUGGCACGGUUACCACAUUCCGUGAAGUCACCAAUUUCCAUGAAGUCGCCAAAUUCCAGUGAGGCACGAGGCUCUUCCAAGUCAGUGGGAUCGUUUUCUAUUGUGAAGGGGUCAAAGUUGCUUGUGAAGAUAAAACCAAUCGACAGUGAUUUGACGACGGACAAAGUUCCCACAACACCAGUGACAUCCAGGACUGCAACGACGUCACUGCCUGGCAUUGGCCUAUUGGACUCGAGUGCUGAUGAGAAGUUUGACUAUGUGUGUCCUAUCUGCAACUGUGGCUUCUGGUUGGCCAACUCCCUGUUGAGGCACCAGAACACUUUGCUCCAGGAGAAAAGGCGCAUUUGUAAGAAGUGUGGGGCAGGAUUCCGCAGCUGCCAGGCACUCAGCGUGCAUUAUGCGGAAGGGUGCGAAUCUGCACCACAGAAACAGGAAGAAGGCGAAUGCGAGCGGUACAAGUGCGAAGUCUGCAAGGAGUCGUUCUCUCAGCUUGACACCCUUGUCCGCCAUCACAGACAACAACACCGCAAUGCCGUCCACACGUGCAAGUUCUGUCGCGCCACCUUCAGGACGCUUAACUAUCUGCGGUACCACAUCAAGAGAAAGCAUGCGAACAAAGGGAGUGAUGAAGACCAGCACGGAGCCUCAGAGCCUUUGGUUCGCCCCAUCGGUCAAGCUGUGGCCAAUCAGGCCGUCAGGAUUAAGACAGAACGGCUGGAUGAACCGUGUACGUCUGGUAAUGAGUUGGCGGUUGUAAUGCGUGAAGGGGAGAGUGACCCUGUGGCUGUGGUGAAGACGGAACCCAAGGACUUCUCCCCAGGAGCAGCAGUACCCUCGAGUGUGGGAGAGGCGGAUAGGAGGUCUGGGUCAGGAGAUUCAGAGGCCAGUUCUGAAGGACAGCGACCAAAAUCUUUCAUACAGAUUGAAGAUGGACGGUACCAGUGCAAGAACUGCGGUGCUCUCUUCCAAACCUUGAGAUCUCUGGUGCAACAUCAGAAAGUGCAACAUAGCAUGAUUCGACAUAGAUGCCCGAAGUGCCCCGCUGGAUUCAGGACGCGUGUAUACCUGAACUACCACUGUAAACGUCAGCACGGUAUUACAGACCCAGAGACAGAGCGCCCAGUGGCAACUGCAGGACGCACACAAAGUCCCAUCUCAGAUAAGAGAAAUAAAGACCGCAAUCUUCAUGACAUUCCCUCCUCUUUCGCGGAUACUGGUCAUCGCUAUACCUGUCCCUUCUGCACUGUCGGCUUCAGGACUAUGUUCUACCUUCGCUACCACCUUAACACACUCCAUGGCAUUGACGACCUGGAUGAUGAGCAAUGUGAGGGGGGUUCAAGUAAGAGCCGUCAGACAGAGGGAGGUUCACACGCCAGCCUCCAAAGUCCAAAAGAUGAACUGCGAAGAAAAGCUUUGUCACUAAAGAGUUUUCAAAAUUUGAAGUUUAUGAAUAAGUCCAAGAAAGGCCGAGGGAGUUACAGGUGCCAAGUUUGUGGGUCACUAUUCAAGCUGCAUAAGUCGCUGAGAGAACAUCACAACAAACAGCACAGGGAGACGACGUGUGGGUGUCACGUGUGCGGCGCACGAUUCAAAACGCAUAGUUACCUGCUGUAUCACCUAAACAGGCAGCAUGGAAUGGAGGAAGGGGAGGUCAUUGUCAAGAAAACGCCUACCAGCAAACCAGAUGAGAAGUCGCCAACAGAGUGUGACAUCUGCGGAGCAAAGUUCUUCUGCAAGAAAAGCCUACGUCCCCACAAGCUGUCUCAGCACGAAGUCAUCAACCAUCACUGUUCUGAGUGUCCAGCUGGCUUUACCACAGUGCUCUACCUCUGCCAGCACCUCAAGAAUCAGCAUGGUGUUGUCAGGAAGAUCCCUACACAGCCCAAGCCUGAACUCCCGAAACCCGGCCCAGACGGUCGCUAUGAAUGUCCUAUAUGCUCUGCGUCGUUUGCACACCACAAGAACAUGGUGCAGCACAGAAACGUGCAGCACAGGAGCAUCCGUUACCGCUGCACAGUAUGCAAGGCUGGUUUCAGCAAGAGGAGCUACUUAGAUUUCCACCUGAAGAAAUGCCACAGUGGGGAGAAAGGGGCUGAUAAGGACUACUCCAUCACUCUGGCUUCUGCCAAGAAGAGUGUCACUUAUGAUGUAUCCAACCUAGAUAAGACUUCAAAGCAAGAGCAAGACAGCAGGGAAAAUUCUGACAAGGCCACGGGCGAUGUCUCGUCGGAGGCAGAAGAAUCUGAUGUGGAUGUGGAUGACAAAGAAGAGGAACCUAAACCUGGGACCAAAAAUCAGAUGGACCCUGAAAAGGAACCAUCUGGGAGUGUGUCCUCAGAUCAACAGGAGGAGUCUAAAGUUAAUGCUGAAGGUCAGACAGAUUCAGGAAUUGCUCAUGGUCAGAAAGAAAAGGUCUCUGAUGUGGAAGAAGUGACAGAAAAUGUGUCCAAUGCAGAAAAAUGUGAAGCAAAUGAUGAGAGAACAGAAAGCUGUUCUGAUAAUGGAGGUAUUUCUGUAGAUGAACAAGCGAAUGAAGCUUGUCAAGAAAAUGUAGAACUGUGUAAAAGUGAAAUUCCUAAGGAACAACCAUCUAUGGAAACGCCUGAAGGACAGGGAUCAAAUGCAGAUGUUUUUGUGAUUCGUGCAAAUGAGGAAUGUGUUGUGGAACAAACAGCAAAUGUGGAAUGUGUUGUGGAACAAACAGCAAAUGUGGAAUGGGAUGUGGAACAAACAGCAAAUGUGGAAUGUGAUGUGGAGCAAAUAGCAAAUGUGGAAUGUGACGUGGAACAAAUAGCAAAUGUGGACAGCUCAGUAGAUGUUCCAGGUGGUGAAAAUGAAAUGUCUAGGGAAAAUGAGGAAAGAAAAGAAAACCUUUCUGUGGAUCAUACCUUAGCGACUGAAAAGUCCAUGGAACAACCUUGUGUAAAAGAUCAGGACAGACUGAACAGUUCUGCACAUGUAGACGUACAGAGAAGUGCUGAGUCUCAGACAGAAGGUGAAGAACUUUACGAGCCUGUAUGUUCAGCAUAUCAUGAUGGAUUAGACAGUUCUCCUGACCUUUUGAGAGAAACCAAGUUACUGACAGAUGGAGAAAAGGUUGAAAAGCGUUUUGAGGAGCUUGAUGGUAAGUGUGGGGCAGCACUAGAUCAAGGCAUUGGCUCAGCGAUGGAGGAUGGCGAUGCAGAGCUCCCUAUGGAACAAGAUAUUCCCUAUCAUGUCAAAGAGAGGGAUACAUUGCCCUCAGUAUCUUCAGAGCCCAUGGAAACAGUCCAGUUUGUAGGAAGCCUACUGUAGGAAGUUAUGACCAAAUCCUAGAGCCUUUGGAAGGGCAAGAAGAUGACUUUCAGAGUUCAAAGAGCAAGCCAUGCAGUGAAAUUUUAGCCAACCAUAUUUACAGUGCCGAAGAUGUGUCUUUGGAUCCUGCAAAUGUGGCUAAUAUGCGUAGUUCCAUGAAGGAGGCGUGCAGUGAAAUUUUAGUCAGUCACGUUGAGACUUCUGCCAAAGGUAACCUUGGAUCUUGAAAAAGUGGCUAAUCUGCAGAGUUCCAUAAAGGAGGCGUGCAGUGUAGUUUUAGUCAGUCACGUUGAGACUUCUGCCAAGGUAACCAUGGAUCCUGGAAAUUUACCAUAACCCAUGGAUGAAGAAGUGUGUCAAGAGAGUUCUUAUCCAGCUGUAGCUGCAGUUCCUGCUGAAGUUUCAUCGAACUGGUUGAAGGUGACAAACCAGUGGAAUUCUGAUCUGAUGAGUUUUUUCUUAAGGUGAAGACUACAUGUAAAGAUACUUUUAUGGAGGAAUGCUUUCUUUUUUAGAAAUUGUGCUCAAUGUACGAAUGUGUUGCUCUUUACAUGGAGCUAUGUAUAUGAACAAUUGGCAAUACAUGUGUCUGUUUUUUGUGGAAAUGAGACUCUGUUCAUGUAACAAAAAUUCAUUCAAGAGCUGUGGAAGUAUUCAUGCAUGUACUCUUUACAGCGCAUGUGCUGCUCUCCACACUCGGUUUACAUCACUGCCACCACUAGACAAACUUGACCUUUGGAGCCUGUGCAAUACCCGUAGGCUUGGUUAGACUUUGCCUCGCCACUGGUGCCCUCACGUGGAACUAUUUAAUCAGUAGCCAGAUAUGAAAUAACUUGUUGGUUAGAAUCCUGUAAUGCAUACAUGAAGUUUAGAUGAAGGGAAGGCACACGUUUGAGGUAUUAUUAGAAGCAAAUAUUGAGACUGUGUUUUCUUUUUUCUGACAUCUCUUCCUGCUGAGGACACUGUAACCCCAGUGACAAUUGUUCAAGAUUUCGGUACAAAUUUAGCUAGUGGUGGUAGUGAUGUAAAGCAAACGUUCAGAGCCGUGCAUGCACUGUAAGGAGUGUGGAAUUUCUUACUUCUUGUUGAGCUUUCCUAAAUUACGGGAACAAUUUGACGGUGUAAAACACAGUAAUGCUAUUAAACUCUCAUUCUCUUCACAAACUAUUGGUAACAAAAGAAAAAUAAUGAGCGUUCAUUAAAUCUGUUAAGACAGUGUUUUGUGUGAUCAUUGAUUCAUGCCAGUUGCAAUAAUCACUGUUAGUUGAGUGUGAACAGCAUUUUGUACGUGCAAGUUUAAUUAGUUACUGAGCCAUUGUUCAGACAUCUGUACAUAGUUUAAUAGUUAAAUUCCGUAUAAUUUCUUUAAGUUGAGGUUUAAGAUGUUAUUAUCUUUCCCAUUCGUAAUCAGGUCAAGUUUUUAUCCCCGUGAGUAAAAUCAGGAGAGGUAUUGCACUUUUCUUUCACGCUGCUCAUGUCUAAUCUGGGAGAUAAAUGCCUGCAGAAUUGUCCUGUAGUAUGUUUUAUAAGAGUUACCAACAAGUCACUGAUUUUCCCUGCAUGUGUAGUAUCAUCUACAGUUUGUGGCUGAGAUUCAUUUAUACCAGUCUUCCAAAGAUUGUGGCUUAUAAUUCUUGGAGUCGUGGGUUUCCCCCGGGCUCUGCCCGGUUUCCUCCCACCAGUCAGCUGGCCGCCGUCGUAUAAGGGAAAUAUUCUUGAGUACGGCGUAAAACACCAAUCAGAUAAAUAAAUAUAAUUCUUGGGGUCAAAGUCAGAAAGUCACACCUCCAGUGCAUCCCAUUAAGUAAGCCAGUCAUUAUAGGAUACAUGUACAUAUAGUUUAAUUUCUAAUAGAUUUAAAGAUGUUUUCACUUCUCAGAAUUGUUGAGUGUAAAAUCUUCCCUUGUUCUCUGGAUGUUUCCACUGUGGAUUGUUGGAAAACAAUAAUGGAUUGCUAUGUGACAUUCCAAUAUCAUGAUAUGUCCCCCAAAAUAGUAGAGCCACCUGGUGGACAAGGGUCAUACUCCUGCCUUUCAUUAGUCCGAGACUCCUUUUCUCCAUAUUUUAAUGCAUUAAUUAGCUUCAUUGUAGGCUACAUGCAGAAAAAAGAAUCGACUCAUAAAUUGAUUUACAUGUAAUGUUAAUAUAACGGUAAACUUCACUGAUUUAAUUAAGAACAGCUUUGUAUAAUUACUAUGGGCUCCAUUUUAAAAGGUGGUCAUGGAAGGAUUUGUACUGUUGCAUGCUAAUUCUGGAAUACUUGACCAAAUUUAUUAUAAUUUGAUAUGAACAAGACGGCUGAUAUAUUUUAAUUGACAUAUACGUAUGUAGUUCAGUGUAGUAUAUGUGGGAUAAACCGGAGUUGAAAGUGUUAAAAUUGUUGUGUAGAAUUUGUUUUUUUUUUUAAUGCUUUUUGUUAUGACUUUGUUCUGUUUGUGUUGAUGGGCUGACAGCAAUGGCCUUGUGAUGUAACAUCCGUGUUGUCGUAAUGUUCAGAAUGAGUUAUCUUUUCUUGACCAAGAACUAUUUUUGCUGUACUUUGCACUCACAUGAACAUGACUGUCAUCCUCCAAAUAGGAUCAGUUCCACUACCUUUGUUGAACCAGAUAUUUUAGAUUGUCUUGUUUCCACUUGUGAGUCAUUACAGACACCGAUUUUUAAAUCCAUUUUACUUGUUUAUAAGCUGUUUUCCUGAACCAAUGUUUAAUGUUUUUUUUAUUUCAUAUGUACACACAUCAAUUUAGUGUUUUCUACGCCUUCAAAGUGAAUACCAUUUUGUGUUUCAUAGUUUUGUUUGGAAUAAUAAGAAACUGCUGGAGAUAAAAAUUUCAUAUUCAGUUAAUGUUUUAGACCACACAGGCUGGCCAUGAUGCAAGAGUGGCAUGGACACUUAUAUUAAAGUUGUCUCAACUGGGUCCUGUCACCGUCAUGUAAGUGAAGUAUUCUAGAGUAAAGAAAGAAAUCUUGCUGCUCUCUGUUUUUGAUUAGAAACAAUGAACAUGUAAGAGAUGGACAUUGAAUGUGCGGAUUGCCUCGCUUUCACGGUUUUAGUCCGAGGUUCCUCUGACGUCAGGUUUGGUAAAAUUUUGUGCGUCCAAGGAUGACCACAAAACAACGUCAGAACGCACUCCAUCAAAAACGCCUCCAUCUGUCUGCAGACCUGAAGACCUGAUAUCUUCUUUGUCUUUUCAUCUCUUAUUUGUAUCACAAGCACAACAUCAAGCAGUUAUUUUCCAGGCCGCGUUGACCCGAGAUUCUUUGGUGAUGCUCAAAGUGAAUGAGCGUACUGACAGCUUGGACAUAUUUGACAAGAACAGGUAACUGCAACAGGUUUUUCAUGAAGCAUGCUCUGACUUUGGUAUUGGACCAUUCUUGACUGAUCAAGAUUUUGCCAAGCCUGACUUCAGAGCAAUCUGAACUACUAUCGCUGGGUCCUUGGUGACAAGACACAAACACAGUGGAUGAUGCUCAUGUAGCUAGUUAAGCAGUUUACUAUUCAUUAAAGGCUUCUUGCCCAGCGUGGUAGUAUACAUAUUUGUGUACCACAUAGCAAUAAUACAGUUGUUGGUAAUUUCCCACUGAGGUACAUAUUUCUUAAAAGUCUUAAAAUCAAAUUCACUCGAGUCUGACACAAUAGCUGUUAAUUUCAAUUUGAACAGCAAAGACGCAUUUUCAAUAACCAAAUUUGAGGGCCAUUUGCGGAUCACUUGGGAGUAGGGCCUACAUGAACUAAUUGUGCCGAGAUAGUUACUGCGUGUAUGUGGAGUACAGGUCUUUAUACCCCAGUAAAGAUGGGGCCUAGUUUGUUGUAUUAUGUUAAGCAGACUGUGCGCUCAUUCUUGUAUUUAGCAAGGGUUGUAAUACAUGGUACCAGCUGUUCACGUUUGCAAAGCAUGGCGAUUUUCACAGUCGUGUAUUCUGCCUGAUUUAAAGCUUUGUACAACGUCCUUAAAUACACGGACGAAUCUGUUGCAGAUUUGAUGUUCUAAUUCUCAUUUAAGGUCAUGUGAUGUACAUUUACGAGCGAGUUGGUAAUCUGUUUAAAGUACAUGAGUAUGUAUGCUACGACAUAAUAAGCACGUGCUGUGUGAAAGCAAGUGAUGUCCAUUUUUUUACCAUGCAAAAUAUGUUUUUGAAAGAUCAUGUUCAGCUUAAAUGGCAUUAAAUUUUAUG